CUAUCUUCUGCGUUAUUCUUCAAAGAGCACUGUGAGACCAAUCGUCUACGAAAGCAACUAAUUCACCGAAACCUCUGCAGAAUUUUUGUCAAGUGAGUAUCAAAGAAUUGAUAAAAUUGUAAAAGAACUUCUUCUAACAGUUUAUUCCAGGCACAUAUGAAACGAUAAAACUGUACAGUGAACUUCAAAAUGAGUAUUCGUCGCACAACUGAAUUCACGGAACAACAUAAACCUUGAUUUUUCAACGCUGCCCCCAUCGUUAUGCUUUCAUUAUUUAACAGCGACAGAACUUUCGAACUCAUCGAAUAUGUAAAUGAAUCUUCGAUACCGAAGGCACACCGUCCAACUGUAAAUAAUUUGUAGCACAGAUCACGCACAGUAGCAAACGCAAAAGAAAAUAGAGGAGUCGCGUAAUCGCAGGUGGCAUCUAUAUCUAAUAUUCGUGGUUCUCCUGACCAGACGUAAUGAUACGUAAUAGCGUAUGCAGAACGAUUGACUUUGAUCGAUGAAGUCCUUCCGAAUAGUCAUCGCCGUUGCUUCGAGAAAUUCAAGUUUAUUUUUCUAUCCACGGCCGAUCAUUACCCGGAAGCUUAUGUUUCUUUGAUAGAACAUCUGCUGUCAUUGAUGGUAGGGGAGUUCGCAUGAGAAAGUUGUGAAGUUCAGAACCUUGGUCAUUUGAAUCCCAAUUGCUUCGAUGUUGUCUAACACAGUGAUCACGUACCCCAUCGUGCUCAGUCUUCGCAUGAUCGGGGCCGAGCCAACAUCAUCGCGUACGAUUCUGCAACGGGUCAUCUGCUCGUUCCUAAUGAUGUCCUCCCUGUCCGGACAGUUUUGGUAUUGUGCUUCGUACUGCAAAAACGAGGAGUUAGCUGAUAUGUUGGACAGUUUAAGCGUGAUCUUGUCGAACGGCGGUACGUUUGUUAAAAUGGUCAUUAUUUGGUGGAACCGUCGAAUAUUUUUCAAAGCCCUAACAAUUAUUUUGGAAGAUUGGAAUAAUCUCGAUCUAACCGGACGGAAUAAACACUUCAUGCUGGAUAAGGCCCCUGUGUCCUUACGGAUAUCGAAUUCAUUAAUAGUCGUUUACUCGGCGACGUGCAUUUUCUAUUCAGCAAGUACCUUGUUCAUGCCCGACGAGACCGAAGUAGGGCUAGAUCCAAGCGAGAGGAAAUUGUUGCUUAAAAUGAGAUUCCCGUUCGAAGUGAUGGUUUCUCCAGUUUACGAAGUUGUUAUAGUCGCGCAGUUUCUGCUCGAAUUUUUCAUAGCUUUCACUGCGGCGAUGUUCAUGGCGUUGCUUGCUGCAUUAGUAUUACAUGUAGGCAGUCAAGUAGACAUACUGUGCGAGGAAUUAAUGGACGUUCCCAAAUAUCGAAAAGAGGAGAGACUACUCUCAAUUAAAACUCUCGUUGUUCGGCAUCAAAAGAUCAUAUAUUUGGGUGAAAAUAUCAGAGAUCUAUUCAUUAACAUAGCUUUGGUGCAAUAUUUGUCAAACAUUUUGAUGAUCUGUUUCUUAGGCUUCAUGCUUGUUAAUUCUUUAGGCACAGAGAACGGACCCUCAGUAGUAGUGAAAUGUUUCCCUUUCUAUGUGGCUGCAAACUGUGAAGCGUUUGUACUUUGUUAUACUGGCGAAUACCUAAUUUCGAAGAGCGAAAAUGUUCAUCGAGCUGCAUAUGACAUGGAUUGGUACAAGCUAAAUCAUCGAGAUAUGCAACUUAUAUUGUUGUUAUUACAAAGAUCGCAAAAAGAAUUGACACUAUCAGCCGGAAAAUUUGUUAAUCUUUCCGUGGAAGCGUUUGCCAAUAUACUUAAAGCUUCGGCAUCAUACAUUUCAAUAUUACUGGCUAUGUCCUAACAUUGCGAAAAAUAUAAUUACUUAUAUCAAGGGACGAGGAUAAUGAAUGAUACAAAGAGGCGGUGACUAGACUGCGGAGUUUAUGUGAAACACUAUAAAAUAAAUGAUUUCACUGAGGUACAUUUAGGACACGUUGUUAAAGGUACAAAUUGUUAUUCAUGAUGGUUUACAUAAAGAUCCACUGUUCAAUUGUUACUACAACAACUGCUAUUAGUAGAGAUUAACUCUGCAAUAAUUACCUAGAUGUGUUAUAGGAAAUCAAUAAAAGUGUUGAAAAUAUAUUUCAUUGCUUGAA